GUCAAUAGAUCUCUUAUUCUAUUGCUGAGAAUAUUUUCAGUUGUUCUGGACAUCAGAUCUUUUCCUCUUGUUCAGCCUUCAUUAGAGAAAUGAACCACUCUCAACUCCAUUUCUGAUGAAACCAUGGAAUUUUCAGAAAUGACUGAGAAGGCUAUUUACACAGUGGUGGAAUCUCAUACCAAAAGGAAGAAAAUACAAUCCAGAACUCCUAACAAGAAAUAUGAGUAUGCAGCAGAGAAGAAAAGGUUGGAAAGCCCUCACAAAAAUGCAGGAUUCCACUCUCAUUCUCAGCCUCAGAUCCAAGCAAGUCCACAGAUAGACAGAAUUCCUGAACAUGACAUGAACAAAGAGUUCCGAGCAGCAUCUUCUGGAUGUAUUGCUGCAGUGAUAUUAGGAAUUAUCUGUUUCAUUCUUUUGGGAAUAUCAGCAUUUUUUGCAACUAAGUACUUUCAAGCUUCUUGUGAAUAUCAGAAUAUGUUGGACAAUGACACCCAGGAAUAUGAGAACUCUAUGGUUAACAUGAAAAAUAAAUGCUUUUCAAAGGAUCAGUUAAAUUCAGAAAAGUAUGGAGAAGCACGCAAAAACAAAUGGUCUUGCUGUGGAGAGAAAUGCUACUAUUUUUCUGACAGACAUAAAAACUUCGAAGAGAGUCGUAAAUUCUGCAUCAACCUGGGCUCCCGUCUUUUGAAGAUAGAGGAUAAGGAUGAACAGGAAUUUAUUCAGUCUUUGGUGUCUUAUUUUUAUUGGAUUGGAUUAUCUCGAAAAGGGAUUAUCAGCCCCUGGAUGUGGGAAGAUGGCUCCUUGAUGCAUUAUAGUUUAGCGCUACAGGGGUCAAAUGUAAACAACAACAACUGUGUGUAUACCACAGCAACUAAAGUGGUAGCUGCUCUCUGCACCAAGCAGGUUUUCUUUAUUUGUGAGAAGAAUUAUACUAAUUUUGAUCUCAAAUUGAGUGAAGAUAAAUGAAGUAAUGAACAGUCUGGUGUAUCUACUUUUUACCUGCAGGAUGCAGCUGGAUUUCCUUGCAACAUAUUGUGUUCCUUAUAUACUUUUUGAAGAAAUGGCCAAUACAUUUGCGUUAUUUUUGAGUUGACGUUCAGGAAAUACACCUUCUGAAAUCACGAUGGACCAUGAUGUGACUAUUUACACACAUUUUCCUUUUUCUGAGAAGUAUACUAAUACAUUCAGAUAGAAUGAUUCUCAUUUCUGUCACUUCCAUUUUAUCACUUUUAGGUUUCAAAGAUUUUUGCAUUUAUGUAAGAAUUACUGAUUGAAAAAUAAAAAUAAUAUAGAAGCACAUUGAACGAAAACCUACUCCACAACCCAUUCUAAUUUCUUUGCCUGUCCAGUGUACACUGUUAAUUUGGUUUGUAUUGUUCUACAUAUUUUUUUCUAACAUUUGCUACAAAUAAUUCAUAAACUUUCAUUGUGUAUAUAUCUCUGUUAAUGUAUUUAAAUAUUUCUAUAAAGUAGAAAUCUAGAUGAGAAGUUCCUAUGUCAAAUAGUAGGCAUCUUCCAAAUCCUGAAAUAUCAGUAAAUAUUUACCUCCUACAAAUGCUUUCAAUUAGCACCAACACCUAGAAUGUGUGUAUACCUAUUUUUUCAAACUCUUACUAAUAUUUUAUGUCAUCAAUUUUUAAUAGGCAUAAAUGUUUUUAUUGUUAUUUUAACUAGUACUUUCAACAUUACCUAUGAGAUGGAGUAUGUUUUCCAAUGUUUAUUGGUCACUCAUUCUUCUGUGAAUAGCUGUU